UAAGGAGAGGAAAAAAGGAAAAUCUUUGUGAAAGGGAGAAAGUGAUCAGGAACACGAGAGAGAGAGAGAGAGAGAGAGAGGGGAUGUGGGGGAUCGUGUCCGUGAUGUCUGAACUGUUUUACUUUUAAAAAUCAAGAAGAGUGAAGUCUGUGAAGAGUGAAGAGUGACAUCCGUCUGUGAGUUAGCUGUGAGGUCACCAUGGGGAACUUUAAAGGUCACGCACUACCUGGCAGCUUCUUUCUGAUCAGCGGUGUGUGGUGGGCGGUGAAGUACUCGCUCUGGUACGCCACCCGCAGGAACAAGAGCGCCGGUGCGGCCCGGCUUACCACGCGGGCCACGCAGCACCGACUGGAAAUCAUUGAAGGAGCCACCAUGCUCUGCUUCUCUGUUAUCGGGAUGCUGGCAGAACAGUUCACGGUGGACGGCCCGAAGCUCCACCUGUACGACUCGUCCACUCAGCACUGGCAGAAACUGAUGAACUGGCAGCACACCACCAUGUACCUGUUCUUCGGGCUGGCCGGAGCCACGUCCCUCACCGUCCACAGCACCAGCGCAGCACCGCUGGCCUUGGACCGCUUACUGCUCGGCCUCGCCUUCUUCAAUGAAGGGUUCUUAUUCCUGUAUCACCUACACGGCAGAGACAUGCUGGACGUCCACGUGCACAUGCUCCUGCUGUACGCCGUGUUCGGAGGAGCGCUGGUCUGCCUGCUGGAGGUCUUCCACAGAGGGAACGUCCUGCUGGAGCUGCUGCGGGCCGCGCUCUGUCUGCUGCAGGGCAGCUGGUUCUGGCAGAUUGCCUUUGUGCUCUACCCCCCCAGCGAGAUGAAGUGGGAUCAGGCGGAUCACAACAACGUGAUGUUCAUCACCAUGUGUUACAGCUGGCACCUGGCCUUCGCUCUCGUCGUCGUGGCUGUAGCACACACCACUGUUACAUGCUUGGUACGUUCCAAACUCAGGAGGAUGCCACCAAUGGAAAUGGGUCUGCUGAAACCCCAGGAAAGGGAAGGAGACUCUGAAGAUGAGGUUUUAUGAGUAUUUAUCACGGCUUUGCUGUGAGCGUUCCUCAGCCAAAACAUGCUCAAGCCAACACGAUCAAACCCGGG